AUGAAGGGGUUGAUAUUCGCCCUGAUUUUAACCCUUGUGGAUUAUUAUUGCUUUGUCAUUUCAUUACUUUUUUUUUUUCUUUCAGGGAGCCAGCAUCUUAAUUAUCAACCUGAUUUCAGUGAAAACAAGGCUUUUACAUAUAAUUAUGAAAGUGUACUUCUCAGUGGACUUCCAGAGAAGGGACUUGCAAGAGCUGGAAUAAGAAUAAGAAGUAAAGUGGAAAUUAGUCGUAUAGGACCAAAACUUUGUUUUCUUAGGAUUCACUCGAUCGAAGCAGCGGAGUACAACGGUGUCUGGCCCUCAAGCUCAUUCUCUCGGUCACUCAAACUGACUCAGGCGCUAACAGGACAACUGAGUAAUCCCAUCAAAUUUGAGUAUAGCAAUGGCCAUGUUGGAAACCUUAUGGCUCCUGAGGCUGUCUCAGAGGAUGGUCUCAACAUCUGUAAAGGAGUUUUGAGUCUGUUUGAAAUGAGUGUAAAGAAGAUGCAUAACACAUACAGCUUUCAGGAGGCCAGCAUUGGAGGAAUUUGUAAUACUACCUACACAGUUCAGGAAAACAAGAGAGCAAACGUAGUGUAUGUGACCAAAUCCAAGGACUUGAACAGCUGUGAAGAAAAAGUUCAAAUGGUCACUGGUUCAGCAUACACUCAUCCUUGCCCAACCUGCCAGCAGAGAAACAAGAAUUACCAGGCAACUGCUACUUACAAUUACAAAAUUAAAUAUGCACGUAAUGAAGCUGUAAUUACACAAGCUGAUGUUGAGGAAAUCCACCAGUUUGCACCCUUCAAUGAGAUAGCAGGAGGAAAUGCUGUCAUAGAAGCAAGGCAGAAGCUCAUAUUGACUGAUGUACAAAAGCAGAUGCCUGAGAUCCCACCAAAGGAAUUUUGGAAACGUGGGUCGCUGCAGUACCAGUUUGGCAGUGAAUUGCUUCAGCUUCCUGUCCACUUAUUCAAAAUUAAGAAUGUGGAAAGCCAGAUAGCAGAAAGCCUGCAAGACCUAAUAGAGAGCACACAUGAACAGGUUUCCAGUGAUGCACCUGCAAAAGCCCUCAAGCUUUUACAGCUUCUCCGUGCAGCAAGCGAGGAGAAUUACGAGUCAAUAUGGAAGCAGUACUCAAAUCGGCCUGCAUACAGGCGCUACCUCUUGGAUAUAAUCCCUUCAGUUGCCACGCAUCAUGCACUCAGGUUCUUAAGGCACAGAAUGGAAAGGCAAGAAGUCACUAACUGGGAAGCAGCUCAGACGGUCCUUGUCGGUCUGCACUCGAGCGUGCCAACUCAGGAAGUGAUGGAGGAAGCCACACUCAUCGUGAGAAAACAUUGCCCACGCUCAAGUACCGUACUUGGAAAAGUUUGCCAUCUUAGCUAUGCAUCAUUGUGCCAUAAACAGUGUUCCUCAUCGGAUUCCUGCUCUGAAUGUCUCCAGCUGCUUCAUGGCUUUGCAGGAGAGGCAUUGAGCAAGUCUAACACGGAGGAGAUCUCCCUGGCCUUGAAAGCUCUUGGAAAUGUGGGACAUCCAACCAGCAUCAAGCACAUAAAAAAAUUUUUGCCAGGAUAUGCAUCUGGUGCCUCAGAUCUGCCCCUUAGAGUUCAUGCAACUGCUGUGAUGGCACUGAAAAACAUAGGCUUGAAAGACCCGAAAAUGGUACAGGUUAUUACUCUUGAAAUUUUCCUCAAUCACAAAAUGCAUCCUCGGCUCCGCAUGUUAGCUGCCUUAGUUUUGCUGGAAACCAAACCAGGUCUUCCUAUAUUGAUGACGGUAGCUGAUGCUGUGCURAAGGAACCUAGCAUGCAAGUGGCCAGUUUCAUCUACUCUUACCUGAGGGCUCUUGGGAGAAGCAUGGCUCCAGAUGUCCAAGAAAUGGCUUCUGCCUGCAGGAUGGCUAUUAGAAUAUUAAGCCCCAAAUUUGACAGAUCUGGAUACCAGUUCAGCAAGGUUUUCCGCUUCAGUAUGUUCAAAGAUUUUCUUAUGACUGGACUGGCAGCUAAAUAUUUGGUAUUGAAUAACGCAGGCAGCACAAUUCCAGCAAUGGCAGUGUCCCAGCUGCGGACACAUUUCUUUGGAAGAGUUACUGAUCCCUUGGAGGUGGGGAUAAGAGCUGAAGGGCUGCAGGAGAUGUUUGCUAAAGGUUACUCCCCUGACCAGGACUGGGAGACCAGCUAUGAUUUCAAGGAAAUCCUGAAAACGCUUUCAGACUGGAAGGCCUUCUCUAGUGACAAACCUUUUGUAUCAGGCUACCUGAAGAUGUUUGGCCAAGAGUUAUUCUUCGGCGGACUUGAYAAAAACACCAUCCAAAAUGCACUGCAGGCAUGGUAUGGACCUGAUGAAAAGAYCCCUUCAGUAAGGAGAUUACUCAGUAGCCUUCAAAGUGGUGUAGGGAGGCAGUGGACCAAGGCUUUACUGUCCUCUGAGAUCCGCCAUAUUGUGCCUACCUGUACUGGAUUGCCAAUGGAGACAAGCUUCUAUCAUACAUCCGUUGCAAAAGCGGCAGGAAAUGUUCAAGCGCAGAUUACACCUUCUCCAAGGUCUGAUUUCAGACUGACUGACUUACUAAAUGCCAACRUUAGGCUGCGAUCCAAAGCGAGUCUAAGCAUGGCUAAGGACAUGAUCUUUGUAAUGGGGAUCAAUACACAGAUGAUCCAGGCAGGACUGGAAACGCAUGCAAAAAUGAAUGUUCAUGUCCCUGUGAAUGUUGUUGCCACCAUCCAUAUGAAGGAAAAAAGCAUCAAAGUUGAAAUUCCAGCAUGUAAAGAAGAAACUAACGUUAUUACUUUAAGGUCUAAGACKUUUGCUGUCACUCGAAACAUUGAAGAUUUGGCUGCUAGUAAGAUGAUUCCAGUUCUUCUACCUGAAGCAGUGCCUGACAUAAUGAAGAUGUCCUUCGAUUCAGAUUCUGCAUCGGGCGAGACUGAUAACRUCAGGGGCAGACAGUCUGUAGAAGAUGUUUCAACAGGARAUUCCUUUUCUUCUGGACACUCAUUUUCCGGGAAGCAACCGUUUGUUCACUCCAUGUGCUCCAACGCAAGUACAUUUGGAGUUCAAAUGUGUGCUGAGAGGAGAAGCAUCCAUGCAGCGUUCAUCAAAAAUGUGCCUCUUUAUUACCUUGUUGGGGAACAUGCAGUCAGAAUGAGCUUCAAACCAGUUUCUACAGAGGCACCUAUUGAAAAAAUACAAGUCACAAUUCAAGCAGGUGCCCAGGCUCCUACAAAAAUGGUACGUCUAGUGACAUUUGAAGAUCCAGAGACACAAGUAUCUUCCAGCAAAGAAGCAGUUAAAAGAGUAAAGAAAAUCCUUGAUGAUACUGAUGACCAGGGAACAAGAAAAUCAAGAAGUUCGUCAUCCAGUGCCAGCAGCGCCAGUAGAAGCACUGAGAGUACCACGAGCAGCCCCUCCAGCAGCGACUCUGACACCAGGGCUUCACAGGGAGGCACCCGGAUAACUCUGAAAACAAAACAGUCUAAAGCCAAAGCAAAGAAAUUCUAUCCCUUUGGGGACAGCAGCAGUAGCAGUGACAGUAGCAGCAGUAGCAGCAAGAGCAGUAGCAGUAGCAGCAGUAGUAGCAGUGGUAGCAGGAGCGGUAGCAGUGGUAGCAGUGGUAGCAGGAGCAGCAGCAGUGGUAGCAGUAGCAGCAGGAGUAGUAGCAGUAGUAGCAAAAGCAGCAGUAGUAGCAGCAAGAGCAGCAGUGGAAGCAGUAGCAGCAAAAGCAGUAGGAGCAGCAGCAAGGGCAGUAGCAGCCAAAGCAGCAGCAGAGGGGACGGUAGGAGUAGUAGCAGCGGCAAAAGCAGUAGUAGUAGCAGCAGAGCAUCUGGUAUGAAGCAGGCAGGCCGAAAGCAUCCCGAGACCACAUCAUUUCCCCGUGCCAGUGCUGCUGUCGAAGGCACAAGUGUUUAUGAGCAGAAGCCUAAAAUGCAGAGUAGCAGCAGUGGCAGCAGCAGAAGCAGCAGCAGAAGCAGCAGCAGUGAGAGUGCACCCCAUGGCCACAGCCAGGAGCGCUUCAGCAGAUACGACAGGCGAGCUGGAACAAACCACGUCAAGUCCCAAUUUAACAGUCACAGUAGUUACGACGUUUCCACAGAAUGGACUUACCUUCCAAAAGUGUACCGGCUCCGCUUCAGAUCCGGCCACGUCCAUUGGCAUCCAGAUCAGAAGGUAUCAGACAGCUCAUCGUCUUCCUCCACAUCAGGAAGCAGUCACAGCAACAGCAGCAGCAGUAGCAGCAGCCACCACCACSCAGGAAAUACUGGCAGCAGCUCCAGGAGGAGCCGCGUUAGCAGAGGACCGGGCCUUGGUCACGGGAGUGAUUCCAGCUUAACACAUGAGCGCAACUUCCUGGGAGAAGUUAUUCCACCUGGCAUUACGAUUGUGGCACAGGCAGUAAGGAGUGACAACAAAAAUCAAGGUUAUCAAGCUACAGCAUAUGUUCGUUCUGAUGCUGCCAAAGUUGACGUGCAACUAGUUGUGGUUCAGCUGGCUGAAACCAGUUGGAAAGCAUGUGCUGAUGCUGUAGUACUGCCUCUGAAAGCCCAGGCCAGACUGAGAUGGGGCAAGGAGUGCCGAGACUACAGAAUAGAAGUCAGGGCUACCACAGGCCAGAUGGCGAGGAAACCAGCCGUGCAGCUAAAGGUGCAAUGGGGAAGUCUUCCAUCCUGGAUAAAGAAGACAGGCUCAGAAUUCAUGCAAUAUGUUCCUGGAGCAGCACUCAUGUUGGGCUUCUCAGAAGUGCAUCAGAGAAAUCCAUCUCAUGAAUUUACAGUAAGGGCAGCGGCAACAUCUGCACGGACAAUUGAUGCAGUAGUUAAAACUUCUGGGGUAACAUUUUACUACCAGGCAUUCCGACUUCCAUUCACUCUGCCCUUAGGCCCAUCUUCAGCUUACGAGGCUCAAGAUAUCACUGCUUGGAAUUUCCUUCCUGCAAUAGCCUCACAAAUAGCGCAAGAGGAUCAAUCCACAUGUGAAGUCAGCGAGGGAGAAUUCAACACAUUUGAUCAUGUGAACAGUACAUACUCUUUCAAUAAAAGCUGCAGCCUGAUAGUGGCCCAAGACUGUACUGAACAUCCAAAAUUUAUCAUUACUACAAAAAAGGUUGAUCCAAAGUCCUUCUCAAGAGAGGUUCACAUAAAUACAAGCUCACUAAACAUCACUAUCUGUCCAGCACCAAAUUCAUCUCUUCUUGUGACAUGCAAUGAAGAGCCAGUACUAACCUACAGUGAAGAUUCUGAGUAUGAAAAAGGCAAUAUUAAAAUUUAUAAAAAUGGGACAACAGUUAUUGUGGAAGCUCCAACAUAUGGACUGAAGAACGUGACUUUUGAUGGUGUGAUCCUUAAGGUUACUGUUGCUUCAUGGAUGAGAGGAAAGACCUGUGGAGUUUGUGGAAAUAAUGACCGAGAAAAGCACAAUGAGCUCCUAAUGCCAAAUCAUAAGCUGGCACACAGCUGUUCUGCUUUUGUUCAUUCAUGGGUACUGCUAGAAGAAACCUGCUCUGGUGGGUGCAAACUACAGCGCAGUUACGUGAAGCUGAAUCGAAAUCCUACUGUUGAUGGAGAAGAAUCUACGUGUUACUCUGUUGACCCAGUACUGAAAUGCAUGAAAGAGUGUACUCCAGUUGAAAAAGCUCCAGUUAAGGUUGGCUUCCACUGUUUCCCAAAAGAUACAGCUGUAAGCCUGCUGGAAUGGCAGAGAAGUGGUGAUAAGAAAUCUGCAGCUGAGGAUGUUGUGGAGUCCGUGGAUGCCGACAUCGACUGUUCCUGCACUGGCAACUGUAGUUAAGCUCAUGKGU